AUGAUGAAACAUUAUGAGAUGACUGAUCUUGGACUACUCUAUCAUUUUCUUGGCAUGGGAGUAGUACAAACAAAUAAGCAUAUAUUUCUUCAUCAGAAGAAAUAUGCAACAAAAGUGAUUGAGAAAUUUGGUUUGAAAAGUUGUAAAUCUGUGGUAACUCCAUUGGUUGCAAGUGAAAGGUUGUGCAAGGAAGAUGGAAGUGAGAUGGCAUAUAUGAGUGAAUAUAGGCAGAUUGUAGGCAGCCUGCUAUAUCUGACAGCUACUAGACCAGACAUAAUGUUUGCCUCUAGUUUGCUUGCUAGAUUCAUGCACAAUCUUACUAGGAAACACAUGGGAACAACCAAAAGGGUCUUGAGAUACAUUCAGGGCACACUGGAUUAUGGAAUUGAGUUUAAAAAGGGGAAGGCAGCUACCUUGAUAGGGUAUUGUGACAGUGACUGGGCAGGAAGUGAAGAUGACAGAAAGAGUACCUCAGGGUAUGCAUUCACUCUUGGAUCUGACUUUGGAGAGGAGCAAGUGGAAGGCACACCAAUCUUGUGUGAUAACACCUCUGCCAUAGCAAUGGAAAAGAACCCUGUCUUUCAUCAGAAAUCCAGGCAUAUUAGCAUAAAGUUUCAUUUCAUCCAAGAGGCUAUCCAAGCAAAGGAAAUUGAGCUAAUCUACUGCAAAACUGAAGAUCAAAUUGCAGACAUCCUAACCAAGGCUUUAUCCAAGGAUCGUUUUGUGCAUCUCAGAGAUCUACUUGGAGUAAAGUUAGCCAGAGGGUUAGAAGGGAGUGUUGAUGUAUAA